AUGGCCUCCCUGUUGAGAGGUUCAGCGUUCAUCACGGGCGCCGCAAGCGGCAUUGGCCAGUAUACCGCCAUGGCGUUCGCGCGCCACGGGGUCACCAGGCUCGCCAUUGCCGACAUCAACGCCUCCAACCUCGAGGCAACGCGCGCCACCCUUGCCUCCACCUUUCCCCAGGUCCAGAUCCUGCCGCUGCACAUGGAUGUCAGGAGCAAGAUCCAGGUGAACGAGGGCAUUGCCCAGGUCGCCAAGGAAUUUGGCCGCCUCGACAUCGCCGUCAACAACGCCGGCAUCAACGGCAGCGGUCGUCUGACGCACGAGACGGAAGACGAGGAGAUUGAACGUGUCCUCGACGUCAACCUGCAUGGCGUCUACCGCUGCCAAAAAGCAGAGCUCGCCGCCAUGGUCAAACAGGAGGAUCUCGGCCCGCGCGACGGGCGUGGGCGCAUCAUCAACAUCGCGUCCAUGUACGGCCUCGUCGCGCCCAACUCGCGCCUCUCCCACACGUCCUAUACCACGGCCAAGCACGGCGUCGUCGGUCUCACGAGGGGCGACGCAAACGCAUACGCCGACUACAACAUCCGUGUCAACGCCAUUGCGCCGGGGUACAUUGAGACGCCGCUCGUGGAAGCGGCCAUGGCCAUGACCGCCGGGACUCCCCUGAUGGACGACCUGGCCCGGGCGCCGAUGCGGCGGAUUGGAUCCAUGGAGGAGAUUGCGGACAGCAUCGUCUGCCUCGCGUCACGCAUGAACAGUUACCAGACGGGGGCGGUGACGGUGGUAGAUGGUGGCUUCACAUCUAAUUAG